UCCUUUUUUCACUUUUCAAUACUAGACAUAGUUAUGUUUGUUUAAAAAAUACUGUAACUAAAUUUUUUUGUAAAGUUUCACUACCCUGCUCAGCCCAUUGUGAAAGAAUGCACCUGGCUCACAAACUGGGAAGCGGACGAGCUAGAACAUGCAGGGUUCCUAAUGUCUGCAAACGACCUCUCCUGUUCUGAGUUUCUUUAUUAUGUUUCCUGAAAUGUAUUGGGUUUGGUUCAAAAGUACAAAUUUGAAGCCGCAUGUUGAGACCUUUAUCACCGACAUCCUCUGAAUACGGUCCAAGCAUUUGCCUGUUUGGAUGUGCUUCCACAUAUUACACAUUUCCACAUUCUCACUAACCAGAUCAAAAUUGGGUCAUGGCCAAACCAAGCAUUAUCAUAAGAAAAAUGAGCUUGUAAAAGAAAAGAAAAUUACAAGGUGUGAUUGCCUGCUAUCCCUGUGGGUGUUUGGGUGUGUGGGUGGGUCAUCGGCGAGAUCACAUACCCUAUAUUAUCUGUCUUUUUCCGUUGGCUCACUCUGAGGAGUAUUUAUCAGUAAUCUGUUACGUGCGUGCUUAGCUGUAAUUAUGACGUCUAAAUGGCAUAUAUAUUAGUUUGCUCUGCCCAGAUUAUCCCCUAAUUCUGUGUGCAAAGGGGGCUCUGACCUUGCCUCUGAGCCAGUGACUGGUGGGAGACCAUUUGGUCAGAGUGCUGAAUAAACACAAAGGUGGCUACACCCCCCCCCCCCCAUCUCGGGGUGGUGUGUCCCCCUCACUGAUCUUGUUUACAUGACUGGGAUAGUUUUUGUUUUAAGUGGAGGCGCUAAACACCUUUCCCCCCUGAGAUAAAACAUGAUUAAUGCCUUUGAGUGAGUGGUGCUUAGGGGUCUCAAAGUCCCUUAAGCACUUAAUUAGGCAGAUCUUGGACACACGUAUCCACUAAGUCCCCCCCCCCUCCCCAAGGCACAAGGUGAAAACUCCAAGGUGAAAACUCCAGGAGCUUUCCAGAGGGAUUGCCUUUGAUGUGGCCCUCCGCCUUAAACACCAUCCCUGAGGUGGCUUUUAAAGCAUGGAAAUUUGAUGUCCUCUUUUUUCUUUUCUCCCCUGAAACUCCACACCAUCAGCCAGUGACAACUGUGACCAGAACAACAGGCCAAUAUAAAUAUCCCUGGCCAGUGGGACACAGGGCUCAGAGUGGAUCCACUGAGUCAGGAGGCUACUGCAAACCAAGGAGGUAUCACUAUGGAUAUGCCAACCUUGGGUCUCCUCAUUCUACUCUACACUCUACACCAUGUCUUAGGUGGGGUGCUGACUGAACAUAUGGAGCCCCGGAACCUGUUCACAGAGAGGGCCUGCUGCAGGCGCCAGAGCCACCUUGUUUACAUCGGCCGAGAUAUUUCAGGAACGCCAGUUAAUGUGGACGUGGGAAAAUGCAAAAGUCACUGUGGGGGGCCCAUCAAAACCUCAUCGUCACAUGCCACAGCCAUGCAUGUAAAUCCCAGGCAUUCCUCAAUGCUGGAUUACCUCAGGAACAAAAAGCUUUAUCAGGUUAAAUCAAGCGACACUGCGUUUCCGCACACCCCAGACAGCUCUAACAAAGAUCCCUCGUGCAGAGCGGAUUUAACGUGUGAACCGACCAGCCUGAGAGUGGACAAGGUGAUGCUUUUUGAUGGCCUACGAGAGGUGGAAAUUAUCGAGGACUGCCACUGUGAGGUCAAAGUGUCUCAAUGUAUGCGGGUUCCUGCACUCAAGAUCUUCAACUUUGAAACACCCUACGAGACUGUCAUUGAUGUGGGGAAGUGCGCAGGCUCCAAGGCUGAUCAAGAGGGGUUCUCCUGUGUCCCCACUAAGUUUGACGCGUCACUGGUGGAGACUCCAAACAAAGUUGAGCUUGUGCAGACGGUGGAGACCUGUGAAAUGAAGGAAGGCUGCUACAGAAUCCCAUACAUAGAGUACCAUUAUGAACUGACCUAUGACCCCAAUGGGGUUAAAAGUGAGAAACUCAAGGAAAUUGAUGUAGGCAGGUGUUUGGGAAGCUGCGCCACAGGAAACCGAUGCCUUCUCAGGAGUGCUGCUAAUCCAGAGGACUGUCUGCUGUGGGCGGAAGGUCCAGGAAAUGCAUGUGUCCCACAAGGUUAUGAGAGCAACACGUUCCUAAACCAGCAUGGACAACUGCGCACCGUCCUCUCCAUUACAUCUUGCUUAUGCCAAUGCUGAACAUGGCUUUCUUCUCUGGACUAAAUCAUACACACACACAGACAUACACAUUCAGACACACAUACAGAACUUUGCUAUGAACACUGUUCUAGUUUGUUCACUGUUCUAGCUUAGACUGUUUAAUCCCAGCUAAACUCUCUUCUCUUAUCUGCUGAUUCCAGAGCCACUCUUGUCUUGAUCCUAGCCUCAGUAACUGCAGCGAAACAACUCAUUAUCCCCUGGUCAGAGUUAAAGAGCCUUAUGCACUACACAGCAUUUACCUGAAAAAGAAAUACCCUUUUCAAUUCAUAACUGUUAUAAAAUAUGUUUGUGCUGCUGAAGCAUUGCAUACAUCCUUGUAAUAUAUGUAAAAUAUGUAUUAAUUAAUCUUGUAAAUAAAAUUUAUGUGAGCA